UCCGACAGACAUUUCUCGUUCAACUGUCAACGCGUACGGUAGUUCAUUCUGAUUGCCGAUCAACCGUGUGUUCGCUCCUCCGGCAAAGGUGCAUUAGUGUGUCUGUGUGUGUGCGUGUGGAGGACGCUGGAUUGCAUUCGGGGAAAAUACGUCGGAUCCCUCUCGCUCUCUCACGCUGCGGGCGCCAACAGGCACCGCACAUCAUCACGAACUCUCCUCGUCGCACUCUGGCAGCACCGGAGCAGAGCGUGCAUUCGACGAAAAAAGGCGCAAUUCAGCGAAUUAAUCAACAGAAUUAAAUGAACCAAAUCGUUCCAUUUCGUUCCCGUUAGACAGAGCUGUGCUGGUGUUGCUACUCUCGUUAGGAGACGUAACCCAUGGUCGUCUCCUCAAGUGCUACCCCCAUUGCAUGUUGGAUACUCAUUAAGGCAAACGCGGAACAUCAUCGGACACGCCAAUUCUUGGAAGGAAAUACUUCAUUGGCCGUGUCGAUAGGUCACUACCAACGUGUAUAUACGCUGUGCACUGUCGUCGGACAUCUUGUCAUUGGCCAGUGUGUUGCUCCAAUAUCGGGUGCUUGUCAUCUACGGGGAAAGCUAACAAACGAGAACUAAAAGCAAUCAGUGUGCAUGGUGGGCUAGAUCCUGUUAGAGCAAUCAGUAGAGCGCGGGGAGUUGAGGAAAGCAAAGUCUGCUGCUUGCACCAGAAUUAUUUUUCCAUUGAAAGUAGAAGUGCAUGUGGUGAGGUGUUGUGUACUCGCUGGCGCGUAGAUUUGUCGCACCAACCUGUCCCGGCAUCGAGUGCCCCUAGGAACGUGGGCGCAAUUUCAAUUAACGGUUAGCAACGUAACUCGCUGUCCUUGGUAACCCUACCAUCGAACUAUACGACAUCUAACGCUGCUCUAGUGCUGCGCAAUAAGCUUUUUAACACCGAGUAAAACAGAUCAAGCGAUAAUUAGUCCUGGAGCACUGCUACUGAACACCACUAUUUCCGGGAACGAACUGGGAUCAUUCCGGUGUGUAUUUGUGUGUCUGUGUGUGUGGGUUAGUGAGGAAUUGAAAACGGAAGGUGGCUUCGUCGCAAAUUGUUAGCAGUUUAGCAAGUGUGUAAGAACAUACUGUGUCUGUGUGUGUUAAUUAAAGCACGAGUGUGUUCAACUAGUUGUGCGUGAUGCACUAAAAUCGGUGCACCAACCAGCGAUUGUGUAAACUAAGCGUGUAAACCAAACAAAAAAAAACAACCAUCAGCACCGAAACGAUGGCGUCUGUUCGGAAAAGUGCUUGCAGCAGUAGCCGGCUAAUACCGCUGUUGCUGAUGUGUCUAACCGUCGCCGUCAUCAUCGCGCCCGCCUGGGCGGAAAAUCACUGCAGCGAACAUCGGUACGAGCAUUCGCUCAACACCCAUCAUCUGCAGUUCACGAAGGAAAUCCCCGACCGGGAGUACGGUGUGCUGAAGCAGUUCAAAAGCUUGCACUGCUGUGGCAAAGGGUACCGCAGCAUUGAAUGGUUCAAAAACAACAAACCCCACCCAUGGAGCAAGGACGUGUCGUCCUUCAUCGUGUACCCGGAGGCCGCCAACCAAACCAUCUACAGUCCCCGGCUGGAGGAGAACGACAUCGGCAACUACAGCUGCAUCCUGCGCAACGAAACGCAUGCAAUUAAGCACGAAAUCGAACUCCGGUUACAGGAUAAGCUGGACAACCCGAUGCCAACGUUCCGGCCGAAGGAUCUGAUGGUGAGCGUUGGCGAAAGUGCCCGCUUCUACUGUGAAGCGUUCGUCGGCAACCUCUACCUGCCGGACGCGACCAACGAGAUCGUGUGGAGCCAAAUGUUCGACGACCAUCCGCACAACGUUAGCGACAGCAUGCAGGUGAACGUGACCCGGGAGGAAGGACAAAUCAUCGGCUCGUACCUGUCGAUACCGAACAUCCAGGCGCACCACUAUGGCCGCUACCGGUGCCAGAUUGUGUCGGGCAAUUCGGCCCAAAAACUCAACCUCAGCGUGCUGCUCUCGCCGGUGCAAGUGACGGCUAUCACCGACACGCAGCUGUCCGUGCUGGUGUACGUCAUGGCCACGUUGCUGCUCGUACUGGUCGUCCUGUUUGCCUGGAUCUGCCGGACCGUGCAGCAGCGCACCAGCAGCAAGAAGGAUAACCGCUGUUCGGCGCAGUUCAUUGCGAAUAAUGAGCACGAGAAUGUAUAAAUGGAGCUCACGAGAACGUGGCUGAGAACGACGAACGAACGAUACCAACGGGCAUGGAGUAGAGCGGCGAAUUAAUCUGUUGUGUACGUGUACGUGGUUUUUUUUGUUUUGCGCCAGGCGUGACACUGAACCAGCGCUUGGUUCGAAGAGACUGAAUUUCAUGUUUUGCUGUGUGUGCUUCUAACAGACCGCGACCCGAGCGCGGUCGAUCAGGUCAGUCCGACGGUGUGACAUUUUCCUGUGACAACAUUGAAGUUACGCGCCACAACUCCCAGAAUGCAUCAAGUUUGACGACACACCUUUCAAAAAGGCGUUUUCUCAUGUUUCGUGCUUUUGCGCCCCAGCAAUUGGAAAUUAUGAGAUUCGAGACUAACCCAAUAUUCGUACACACAGCAUACAAAGCAAACACCGUAGUCCGUCGUUUGCAAAACAAAGCAAAAAACCGUUGCACUGUUUGUAUAGUUAGUGUUAAUGCCAACAGCUGUGUGUACGAGA